GGGAUGAACGAAUGGACUUUGGACACACAGUAGCCAUGUUCAACUCUAACGAAGUACUCACUCACGUUGGAAUGAAAGGAAGUUUUCCUGUUGGUGAUCGGGAUUUCAGUCUAUUGUCAAAUUUGGAAAUUGAUUCUGCAACAGAAACUGUCUAUUACGCAAGCCGCUCGGUAGAAGACCCUUUGAUUGCUCCAGAUCCAAAUAACAAACGUAUCAGAUGCGAACUGAACAUUGCAGGAUGGAUUCUUCAUCGCAGAAAAUCACGACCAGCACCAACUUCAUUGUCAACUGUCGAACCGGUAAAUCCUGUAAAAUCCAGAAUGAGAGCAUGUUCAAGACCACCGCCGAUCCUAACGUCGCCAAGAUUUCUAAUGAAAUCUCAUGAUGUCUAUGCACCGCCGGUAUCGCCCGUUCAUAUCGACGCUCCUUGUGUUCAAGUAACUUACGUGGUGCAGAUUGAUCUGCGAGGGAGCGUGCCUCAGACUUUGAUUAAUACUCUUGCCAUGCAAUUGCCACAGUGCAUAGCCACGGUCUCAAGUUAUGCUAGUAAAUUCGGAUUUCCUCCUUAUUUUGAAAGACAUAACAUCAAACAGGGAAUCACUGUUCUCACUGAAGAAUUCGAACACAAAUUAGGUACUUACAAUCUGAUAUAUAAAGUAGACUGUGGACUGAAAGAGCCUGUCACUCAAGUGAGAUUCUGCAAAACAAUGUUUCGGGAGGGAUACGAAGUAGAGGUGAAGAGGGCAAAAGAAUGGAAGAUGGUCGAGGAUGUAGAUGGAAAAGGUAUCACAUUGCUUAUCAACAAUAGUGGAAUGGAAGGCGUUCCAACUCAAGUGAGAAUAUCCAAAAAGAAAAAAAUAGUAAAGAGGAGAGUCGUCGCACAGCAAAAGCCGGCCACUCCAAUUGAAGCAUUGCUCGUAGAUUGGCCAAUGCCUCCGGCGAGAGACAAUAAUGGAGUAGUCACUGCUAUUGCUCAAUAA